UAAUUGCUGGAUCUGCACGUGAGGCGCGGUACACGAAGACGACAUGGAGGGGUGAGUGCGCGUGUGCGUGCGUGAGGCUUUCCAGUUGGAUGCGGAGAGCUGUAUCACCAGUGGGCGGCAGACCUCAGGCCGUUUUGUGCUGAAUUCACCACAGGGACGAGGGAAAAUGGCAACUUUGCAGCUGCUGCUAACCCCAACCCCCUGCCUUAUAGGACAGACAGCUACACGCGUUGGUCCACGAUGGAGCUAAGGAUACGUGGAAAUAAUGAGAGAGAUCGGAGUGAGAUUUGUUUAAAAAAAGAAAGAGAAAACCUUGGAAUUUGUUUGUAGCAUUUCGCGUGCUCUCUCAGCAUCAGCAGCAGACUGUUGUUGGAUUUCCUGACUGACAUAAUAGGGUACAGCAAAAACCAUUCACGUCAUAUUAUUAAUAUUUGUACCUCAAGACUUGCAUUGCUACGUAUUCCAUACGGCACAGAAGAGGCGACGAAGAGGCAGAUAAUUUGACAAUUUUCUCAUUUAACGGUUUGGCUGAAGGGGAAGGAAAAUGAGCGAGCAGAGCAUCUGCCAGGCCCGUGCCUCCGUCAUGGUUUAUGACGACAGCAGCAAGAAGUGGGUGCCAAUCAAGCCUGGCCAGCAGGGCUUCAGCCGCAUCAACAUCUACCACAACACUGCCAAUAACAGCUUCCGUGUGGUGGGCGUUAAGCUGCAGGACCAGCAGGUGGUCAUCAAUUACUCCAUAGUCAAAGGCCUCAAGUACAACCAGGCCACACCCACCUUUCAUCAGUGGCGUGAUGCCAGGCAGGUGUAUGGCUUCAACUUCGCCAGCAAGGAGGAGGCCACCACCUUCUCCAACGCCAUGCUCUUUGCCCUCAAUGUGCUGAGCUCCCAGGAUGGAGGCCAAGCUGUACAGCACCAGACCCAGAACGGACCUACUACUGAUGACCUGGAAGUGCAGAGAAGGCAGCUCAUGGAGCAGCAACAGGUGCAGGCACAGGCAGAGAGGGAGCGAUGGCCAUCUAAUUCAGGUCCAACUGUCCUGUCAGGCCAUGUCCCUGUGCUGUCCAUUGCCCCUCCAAUGGCUAUGCCAGUUGGUCUUCCAGCCCCUAUGUGUGCUGGAGCACCCCCACCUCCACCACCACCCCCAGGCCCACCUCCAGCCUUCACUGGUGCACCACCCCCCCCCCCUCCGCUGCCGGCCGGGGGAGGGAUGGGGAGGCAGGUGGAACAGACCCAUGCAGUCUCAGGACUGGCUGCUGCAAUUGCUGGAGCCAAACUACGCAGGGUGCAGAGACCCGAGGACAGCUCCACAGGGUCCAAAAACGAUGCCAAUCGCACCAGUGGGGGUCUGAUGGAGGAGAUGCAUGCACUUCUGGCACGGCGAAGGAAAGUGACAGAGAGAGAGGAGGACGGGCAAAACGAGGACCCCAGCAUGUCCCCCUCACCUGUCACACGUGGCUCUGGACAGCAAAAUGCCACAGAUGCUGUGAAGAGGCCCUGGGAUCGAGCCAAUUCCGCAGACAGGUCAAUGGCAUCAAGGGUAAGGCCAGCUGGGAGCAGCAGCGACACUGAUGCCUUAGAUUUUGACAGAAUGAAGCAGGAAAUCUUGGAGGAGGUGGUACGGGAAUUGCACAAAGUGAAGGAUGAAAUCAUAGUUGCCAUCAAAAAAGAACUGAGUAGAAUUAGCAUGACAUAAUCUUUGACAGUGACACUGCAGGAACUACUGAGGUUCUGACAGGGGGAAGGGUGCCCAGCUAACAGAAGAAAUAAAUGUAGUAAUUUCUUAAUAUUGCUCAGAUGUGGAGGCAGGGUGGUGAGUUUACUAAGAUCUUAAAGAAAUGUUGUGAUAUUGUGAUGAUGUAAGUGGCUGGGAGAUGAGGAAGAAGCACAAGGGAGGGGGGUAGUGAGGUGGAGUCAGAAGAGCUGAUCAGAAGACAAUAGGGGCAGAGGAAUUGUGGCAUUGUGGUUCAUUUUUUAUUUAUUAUUUCCAGAGAUGGCCCAGAUAGCUGUAUGAAAAAUGUCUGAAUGAGGUUAAUGCUGAAUAUACGUUUUUCCUUUUUUAUUUUUAUUUUUUACCAUUAUUUAUAUAUUAUUAUUUCUAAGCAAAUGUUGCACUUCAUUUCUGUCAGCCUUUUAUAUUUAACAUUGGU